CGAACCAUCAGUUUUACACAUUCUGGCCACCGACUCAAAACCCGACGUGAUGAGCAACUCAAUCAUGGCAUCGCGAUUUCGAGGCGACGGAAAGGCCUCGCUAUCAUGCACGCGUUGCAUCAAUCGCAAGCAAACUUGCGAUCGAGUGCUUCCAAACUGUUCGCGAUGCGCGUCGAACCCAGCCUCGUGCGAGUAUAGGUAUCCGACAGAGCCAUUGACUUCGGCUGUUGGGAUAGAUAAUUCACAGCCGUCGCCCACGGACUGUUUCCUCUUUUUGGGCCCCUGCGGCUGGGACUUGACGGAACCCGGCCAAGCUCAACUAAUAAAGGCCAUGUUGGCAUAUGAUUCUAAUGACCCCGUUGCGAAAGCGGGGCUAGGAGAUAAAGUUAGGAGAGUCUUUUGCGAUCGUGGUUGCACAAUACAGGAGCUACUUCAAGAUCCCGUCUUUGAGUCGUUACCUCUUGUGGAAAGUCUUCGCACGACUGGCAGUCCUCGUCAUUCUCACCCUGGAGAUUCAUCUUGGCCCAUUUUACAUCUUGCCGUUCUCCUCGUCGCUACACCACCUUGCGAUCACAAGGCAUGCUCACAAACCAAGCGACUCUAUGUGGCUGUCAAGGCCUUGUUUGCACUUAUGCAACUUCAUUUUCCAAACCAUGCUGAGCUUGUGCAGACUCAGGGUCUUAUCGCGUUAUACGAAUGUGGACACGGGAUGCUAGAACAUGCACAUGUGACUCUUAACUCAGCCUUCACGAUGGCGGCGAGGCUGGAAGUUGACCUAUCGAGCCUCCUGACAUCGUUGGAGUGGAGAUUAUCUCUCAUGCUCAUUGAUAGCUUGGUUGCCUUGCAGGCGCUUCAUAGAAAGCACGACUGGAUCCCUCUCGCUUGCCCACCUCAUCACGAUAUGGUAAGGGCUAUCAAACAUAACUUUACAGUGUUGAAAACUCCAAACGGAACCCCGAGACCCGACGUUGCUUCUCAGCGCGUUUUGGACCUUGGUACAAUUGCGUUUCAAUGCGGACAUAUCCUACAGCACGUUCACGACUCGAAACGCGUCCCUCGAACUACAGGCCCACAUUGUGAAUUAAUGGUCGAAAUUGACAAUUCUAUUCCUCCCUUCGGCGACGAUCCCAAACAACUAGAUCUAGCUGAGCUUUUGGGACUGCCCACGAGCUGCGUCUUUGCCCACAUGUUGGAGAUGUAUGACUCAUGUUUUGCCGAUAGCCCAAUUCAAGGUAUUGAGCGAGUAAUACCUGUAGCUGAGAGGUCAUACCAACAGAGACUACUUGGCAUACAGCGAGCUUUCAUACACCGGUAUUCUGCAAGGGCUACUAUGGAUGCAAAACUUAGCUUUGCCAGGAAUUCCACUGAAGAGGAGAACCAAAAACAGUUCUCAUUAGUAAGAUUGGUAUGCAUAUUGCAUAGUGUAUUAGUUACACUCCAAAUAUGCAGACCUGGUUUUUAUGAUGAAAGGAUUAUCCCCGUAAUACCAGAAAUGAGGAGGAUAAGCAGGAGAUGGCCAGCUGCGGAAGAAUAUGUCAAUCAGAUUUGCGAUGACAUUCAGAAAAGGCAGCAGUCUAAGGACUGAACCGUUGUGCACGCUUGGUACUCUUUCUGUAUGAAAAGACCGCAUAUCUGUUACCCCUUCAGAAAUUUACCGGCGAACACGGGAUGAGAGCUCGAAAUUCAUGUCAUUAUCCCAGCCACUAUAGCCGAAAAGAAAGACUGCUGAAAAGACUGCAUGGCGUUGUUGUAGACUUACGUUACGAUCGUUGGGGACUGCUGUAGUGGGCUUUUAAUCCUCGGAAAUUCACCAAGAGCGUAAGACGGUGAAGUCUCUGAAACUUUGGAUACUCAUCCCAAAGCGAGGGGCUUUGGAUUUAGUUUCUUUUAUUUCCUUUUAUCACGAAUUUCAGUGUUUCGGAGAGCAGGGAGGUAGACCAUGCUGCGUCAGGGAAUGCAAGGUGUUCUGUUCAUAUAUACAGGAGAAUAAUGAUAUCAUUUUAUUGUUCCAGCU